AUGAGGGGUUUAAGAGUGUUGGAUCUUUCGCUAAAUAAUUUGUCGGGGCUUAUCCCAAGUUAUCUAGGUGAGUUUCAACUAGAUAUCUUGAAUUUGUCUUUUAAUAGGCUAGGUGGACAAGUUCCAAUACAAGGAGUGUUUCAAAAUGUGAGUGCGAUUUCAGUUGUAGGAAAUAAUGAUCUUUGUGGAGGAAUUGCUGAAUUAGACCUUCCUCCUUGUCCAUCCUCCAAAUCAAGCAAGAAUAAGUUGUCUCACAAAAUGAUAGUGAUCCCAGUGGUGGUUGGUGUUGUGAUAUUUUUAUGUUUGUUAGUUAGCUUCUUUAUAUUUAUAUUUCUUCAACGACAUCGUGUUUCAAAAAAGAAUGCCUCUUGCACGCCAUCAAUCAUGCAUCGAUUUUUGAGGGUUUCUUAUGCAGAGCUUCUCAAAGCCACCAAUGGAUUCUCAGAGGCUAAUCUAAUUGGUGUUGGGAGCUAUGCUUCAGUUUACAAAGGGAUUCUUGAUAACAUUCAGAUGGUUGUCGCAGUGAAAGUUCUCAAUCUUCAUACCAGAGGAGGUUCUAAGAGCUUCAUGUCAGAAUGCAAGGCACUAAGAGCCAUAAGGCACCGAAAUCUAAUGAAAAUUUUGAGCGUUUGUUCCAGUGUGGAUUUCCAUGGUAAUGAAUUCAAAGCUUUGGUAUAUGAAUUUAUGGCUAAUGGAAACUUGGGCAACUGGUUGCAUCAAGUUGACGUGGGAGACCAUGAGCAGCUCAAAGAACCUAGAAAUCUUAAACUAAUCCAGAGGCUGGACAUUUCCAUUGAUGUUGCCUCUGCACUUAAGUAUCUUCAUUGUGGUUGUGAGUCGACAAUUAUUCAUGUUGAUCUAAAGCCAAGUAAUAUUCUUUUGGAUGAUGAGAUGACAGCCCAUAUUGGAGAUUUUGGGUUAGCAAAAAUUAUUUCUACCGUUUCAAAGUAUGGCAUAGGGGACAUGGCUUCCACACUAGGGGAUGUAUAUAGCUUUGGGAUUCUUUUACUGGAAAUGUUUACAGGUUUGAGACCAACUGAUGAUAUGUUUAAGAAUCAUCUAAAUCUUCAUUACUUCGUUAAGAAUGCA